CGGCCGGAGCGGGGCCGCGAUGGCGCAACGCGACGAGAAGGUGCCGGCGGCGGCGGGAGAGAGCGAGCCCGGGGCCGGGGCCGGGGCCGGCACUGAGACUGAGACUGAGGCUGAGACUGGGACUGGAACUGGGACUGGGACUGAGCGGGGGCCGAGCGGGGCCGCCGCGCCCUUCCAGCCCCGCGAAGGCGGCUUCGGCUGGGUGGUGGUCUUCGCCGCCGCCUGGUGCAAUGGCUCCAUCUUCGGCAUCAACAACUCCUUCGGGAUCCUCUACAUGAUGCUGCAGAGCGACCUGGGCGAGGGGGAGAAGGACCCGGCGUUGGAGUUUAAAACAGGACCUUCAAGCUUGGCCAGGAUGCCGAAUGGGUAGUGUUAACAUGGAGAAGAGGAACGUUUCUUGCUGCCAAGACCCCACUGUUGAAGCAGACUUGGCAGAGGGACACCAGCCCACUGGGGUGCUGGUCCCAGCCAGAUACCAGUGUCGGGAGGCCCAGCCUUGUCCUAGGUCCUUCUGUCCUCCCCAAAAGAUCACAUCCACCCCUGCCAUGGACACCCAUGGCCCACCUUGCUUUUGUCUGCCGGGUGGAGACAAGCACUUGAUGUUGAGGGAGCCUGCUUGUGGUACUGUCCUGACUCCGGAUGGGAUGUGGGCAGCAGCCAGAAACCAAACCAGGCGUGUAUCGCAGAGAGAGGAGGGUCGGGGGUGUGUGAGAACCUUAAAGCCUUAUUUUGGGGAGCAGUGUCGCCUGCGCUCCCUCCCUUGGCUGACACAUGACUGGUGAGCACACGGUGAGCGCUCCGGGAUGAAAUUCAUUACAAGAUACACCACAUUUACAGAUCACAUAUUAACUCUGUGAUACUGUUACCAGAGAAAAGCUGUGACCGUGUAAUAACGGGCAGUAACGGGGUGCGCUGAGAGCUGUGGCCAUGUGGCCGGUUAUAAUUAGGGUGAUUGAUGGGCUGUGAGUGUGUGUGUGCACGUGUGUGAUGCCCAGGAAGCUCAUCGUGUAGCUGGCUGUUUCCUCCUCCCUGUGAUCGUAUCUAGAAAGCCUAAGGCAGAGCUCUAAAGGUACAAGCAGUAACAAAAGAAAUUAAAUACUGGGAGUUCUGGUGGUUCAAAGGCUCUGUGCCCAAGACAGAGGCUGUAAGAGUCAGCAUCUGCCUCUUGCUCCUGCCACCUAUUUAUUUAAGGCUAUGACCGCACAGAGGCCUCGAAAAAGAAAGGCAUGUGGGUGUGCAAGGUGAGCAUGGACUCGGUAAUUAAAUUGCUUGGGUGAUGAAUAUAUGCAUUUUGGUCUGGGUGCUUAAUGAAGAGGCCGUUAAUAACCCCUGCCCCUUCUGCCUCCUUGCGGGGGGUGGUGGUGCGGGGGCUCCGGCGGUGAU